GCUCUCCUGGUACUCGUCACCAUGGCUCCUUUCCUGAGGAUCGCCUUCAACUCGUACGACAUGGGCAUAUUGCCUUUGUCUGACGAUGAGCCCUUCUGUGCAAUCAAAAUGAAGGAAGCUUUGACUACAGAACGAGGUAAGACACUCGUUCAGAGAAAGCCCACCAUGUACCCGGCCUGGAAAGCCAGCUUCGACGCGCACAUCUACGAGGGCCGCGUGCUUGAGAUACUGCUGAUGAAGACGCCGGAGGCGGCGCUCGCCGAGGUCACCGUCGGCGUCUCCGUUCUCGCUGAGCGCUGCAAGAAAGCCAACGGGCGUGCUGAAUUCUGGGUGGAUCUCCAUCCAUCGGGGAAAGUGAUGAUGGCGGUGCAGUAUUUUCUGGAGGAUACGGAUCAAGAGAGCAAGCAGGCGGCGAAGGAGGAAGAGGCUCCAACGCUGAACCGUAGACGAGGAGCCAUCAAGCAAGCGAAGAUCCACUUCAUAAAGAACCACGAGUUCAUCGCCACGUUCUUCAGGCAGCCCACUUUCUGUUCUGUGUGCAGAGAGUUCGUCUGGGGACUGAACAAGCAAGGCUAUAAAUGCAGACAAUGCAACGCAGCCAUCCAUAAGAAGUGCAUAGACAAAAUCAUAGGCAGAUGCACGGGUACUGCUGCCAACAGUCGGGACACCGUGUUCCAGAAGGAGCGGUUUAAGAUCGACAUGCCCCACCGUUUCAAGACCAACAACUACAUGAGUCCCACCUUUUGCGACCACUGCGGGAGCCUGCUGUGGGGUCUGGUCAAACAGGGCUUGAAGUGUGAAGAGUGUGCCAUGAACGUUCAUCACAAGUGUCAGGACAAAGUGGCCAACCUGUGUGGGAUCAAUCAGAAGCUUCUAGCCGAAGCACUAACACAAAUCAGUCAGAAAUCUUCCACUCGUCGCUCAGAUCCCAACCUGCCUGCUGGUAUUGCUGAUAUUGGAAUAUACGAUGAAGUUAACAAACUUUCUGAACUUGGGAUCAACGACGGGUCCCCAUAUGGCAGACUUUGGGAAGGAUCCACCCAAAGACCACAGUCUCGAAUUACCCACCUGACCCGAGUCAACAUCGACAACUUCGUCCUCCACAAGGUGUUGGGAAAAGGCAGCUUUGGCAAGGUCCUCCUUGCAGAGCUGAAGGGCCGUGGGGAGUAUUUUGCCAUAAAGGCUCUAAAGAAGGACGUGGUGCUGAUGGAUGAUGAUGUGGAGUGCACUAUGGUAGAGAAGAGGGUCUUGGCUUUAGCCUGGGAAAACCCCUUCCUCACCCACCUUUACUGCACCUUCCAGACAAAGGAGCAUCUGUUCUUUGUGAUGGAGUAUCUUAACGGAGGCGAUUUGAUGUUUCACAUUCAGGAAAAAGGCCGCUUCGAGCUUAACAGAGCCACGUUUUACUCUGCCGAGAUCGUUUGUGGUCUGCAGUUCUUGCACUCCAAAGGAAUCAUCUACAGAGAUCUUAAAUUAGACAAUGUCAUGCUGGAUCAUGACGGCCACAUAAAGAUCGCUGACUUCGGUAUGUGCAAGGAGAACGUGUUCGGGGAGAAUCGGGCCACAACUUUCUGUGGCACCCCUGACUACAUUGCUCCUGAGAUCCUGUUGGGACAGAAGUACACGUUCUCAGUUGACUGGUGGUCGUUCGGGGUGUUGCUGUACGAGAUGCUGAUUGGCCAGUCGCCUUUUCACGGUGAUGAUGAGGAUGAGUUGUUUGAGUCCAUCCGCAUGGACACUCCCCACUAUCCUCGCUGGAUCAACAAGGAGGCCAAAGACCUGCUUGAACAGUUGUUUGACAGGGACCCAACACACAGGCUAGGAGUUGUGGGAAACAUCCGGUUACAUCCCUUCUUCAAGACCAUUAACUGGCAGUCUUUGGAGAGGAAAGAGGUUGACCCACCCUUCAAACCCAAAGUGAAAGCGCCAAACGACUGCAGUAACUUCGAUCGGGAGUUCCUUAAUGAGAAGGCACGGCUUUCUCACAGCGACAAGAACUUCAUAGACUCCAUGGACCCUUCUGCAUUUGCCGGCUUUUCCUUCAUAAACCCCAAGAUGGAGCACCUUCUAGAGAAGUGAUGGCCUUUACCACCAGCCUGACUCAGGGGGUGUCUCCUGUCGUUUAUGGGACGAUUCUCCGACUUAGAGACAAAUGAGGCGCUCCUCAAAUAAAUCAGUAUUUAUAUAACUUUUAUUUUGGGUUGCAAACCAUUGCCCAUUGGUACAUAUAGAAAGAAACAUGUCUGUACUGUAUAUGCUGAUGUUGUAUUUGUGUGCAUGCUUAUUACUGGUUACAGUUGUGAAAGCCUUUGUGAGUAAUAAUAAUAAUAACAUGGUGGGAGGCUGAAAAUACUUUCACUCCAUGUAACGUCAGCGCUACAAUAGGGAGUCUUUUGGUUUCCUUCAUCACACGCAGCUCAGUGCAACUGGAGAUAGUAAAUAAUGAAGAGUUAAGGCUUCGUCUGUAAACUGUACUGUGUGUGUCAGCUGUAGAUUAAUUGUGUAGAUCAGGCAAGUGCAUGUGCGCGGCUCAGAACAACAAUAACAUGCCCGUCUUCAAACUGUAGAUAAUUAAGGAUCUUAUCUUUCUGAAACCUCUGCAUUGUUGCUUCUGACUUGAUUACUUCAAAGUACAGUGGGGUUUCAGCCGUAGUUGUUUUGCUGAUUGAAGAUGAAAAGAUCAAAUUUAAAACACCACCAGCUGCCCUCUACUGUAUAAGGUAGUGAAUUUGGUGAAGUCGUUGGUACAGAGGGUUUAAUAAUGUUGUCUGAAUGUAGUUGGGAAGCAGGACAUCACUGAAUUCCUGUAUAUAAAUAUUUUAGAUGUAUAUUGCUGUAACAUGUAUAUUGGUUCUGUAAUGAUGUACUUUUUCUAUCCAUACUUGCAUCUGAUUUAAAAAAAAAAAUUGGCUCCCAAAACUGCUGCUUCUUUUGUAUGUAGUAAUAAUAAAAAUAUUAGAGACAUAUGCGUACACAAUCUAUGUUCCAAAGAAUUUGUCAUUAAAAAAAAGAUUACGAGUCGUAUUGUUGUUGGUUGGAUUAUGUUUGUUAUAGAUGCUUCAACUUUGCAGUCUGAAGACAUUUUCUUGUGUUUAUUUAUGUUUGUACUUUUGGCUCAUCACAUAGACGCAUAUUUUAACAGAUUAAUUUCAAGGUGAGACAGUUCAAUGGUUCCCUACAUGCAACACUUGAACCAUUCCACCUUUCAUCACUUUACAACCACAAACCUCAAUGUGUUUUAUUAGGAUUUUAUGUUAUAGAUCGACACAAAGUCACGUAUAAAUAUGAAGCAGAACAAAAGGAAUUCAUGUCUUUUUUUUUUUGUUUUUAACCAAGGCAACCCUGCAAAUUGUGCCAUGUAUUUGUGUAUAGCCCUCUUUGAUCUAAUGUCCCUAAAUAAAAUCUAGUGCAUCCAAUUACCA